AUGAGCAAAGUAGCGCCGACGGUCUUCUCAUCGCCAACUUCCUCGACUCCGCGACUUGCGCUCGUUUUCACCCGCGUUCACCGGCUGAACAGAGGGCGUGCGUGCCAGUCAGCUCCGAUGGCGCACUGCAACCCAGCCCGCGCACUGCGGGUCGCGCUCGCUGCCCCAGCACGGCAACAUACCCCGCUCAACACGCUCGCACGACAAGCAGCGCGGUCCCCAGCUCUUCUCUUCGCCUCGUCCUCGACCUCCUCCCUCUUCGCCCGUCCUCGAUCGCUCCCUCCCUUCCACCGCACCUUCGCUAGCUCUACGCCCGCCCGCGCAUCAGUAUUCAGCAGUCUCUGGGGUGGAGAGGUGAAGAAGGCGGAGCCGUUGCCGAACGCGGCGGGUGAGGCGACUUCAGCAGCAGUGUCGGAGGAAGCGAGUCUCGCGGCGACUGCUCCUCCGCCUGAACCUGUCGCGUCAUCCCAACCGGUAGUCGACAGUGUCUCCGUCCCCGCCAACGACUUCGCGACUCUGCUGAACCCGACCGGACCCAUGGCCGACCCGACUCUCACCUCGAACUACUACGACGGCAUCGCGACCGGCACGCUCGACCUCGCCUCUCUCGCCGGCUCGUGGGGACCGCACCCGAUCAUGCGCCUCCAAUCCAUGUUCCUCCACCUUCACGAGUCGUUCCCUCUCCUCGGUCACCCAGGCCUCCAGUGGGCCGUCCUUAUCCCCGUCGUCACCCUCGGCCUCCGCUUCCUCCUCUUCCCCUUCCUCGUCCGCUCGCAACGCAACACGGCAAAGAUGGCGAUCAUCCAGCCCCAGCUCCUCAAGGGCAUGGAGAAGCUCAAGGCGGCCAAGGCAGCGGGCGACCUCCAGCAGAUGCAGAUUGCGCAGUUCGAGACGCAGUCCCUCAUGCGCGAACACGGCGUCAACCCCAUCGCCAACUUCAUCUUCCCGCUCUGCCAGGCGGCAGUCUUCAUGUGCAUGUUCUUCGGGAUCCGGGGGCUCGCCAACUCGGGUCUCUUGAGCUUGACGACUGAGGGCUUCGGCUGGGUGCCGGAUCUCACCAAGUCGGACCCGUACUACAUCCUGCCCGUCACGAGUACCGCCUUGACGCUCCUUACGCUCGAGACGGGCAUCGACGGCUCGACGACGGUUCAGACGACCAUGACGCGCAACAUGAAGACGAUCUUCCGCGCCCUCAUGGUUGUCUCGCUCCCCGUCAUCGCCUACUUCCCUGCCGCUCUUCUCCUCUACUGGACGACCAACAACUUCAUCUCCCUCACCCAGACCACUCUCCUCAAGCUCCCCGCCGUCCGUACCGCGCUGGGCAUCCCCAUCCCCCCUCCGAAGCCCCAACCCGGCGACAAGAACUACGUCAAGGAGCCCUCUUUCGCCGAGGCGUUCAAGACGUUCGGCUCGUCAAUCAAGGAGAAGGUGAACGAGACAGCAGCCGAGGCGCAGAAGGCGACUGAGAUGCAGGCGCGGUUCAAGCGCGCGCAGGAGCAGCGCAAUCAGGCUCCCGCGUCCCCGGUCGCUGCAGCGGGCGGCCGCAAGCCGCUUGCGAAGCCGCUGUCGGAGUCGACGCAGACGAUCGCGGCGGAUUUGGCGGCGGACGUUGUGCGCAAGGCCGCUGCGCCUUCCGCUCCCAAGCUCCCCAAGGAGCCGCUGGUCAAGGCCGAGCCGGUCGUCAAGGCUGAGACGAAGGCUGUCCCGUCGAGCGUGCGCGACUUUGAGAGGGAGAAGCGGAGGAGGAUCGCCGCGUCGAGGGCGGCGAGGGUUGUGAAGACUGAGUGA